AUGGCGGGCCUCGCCCGCCCGUCCCGGGACGCCAGGCGGGCCGUCGCACGCCCAGUCACCGGGACGCCAGGCGGGCCGUCGCACGCCCUCCCGGGACGCCAGGCGGGCCGUCGGCCGCGCCCGACGCCGGCGGGGCCCGUCGACCGCCGUCCCGCAGCGACCAGGCGGCCGUCGCCCGCCCGUCCCGGACGCCAGGCGGGGCCGUCGCCCGCGUACCCGGGACGCCAGGCGGGCCGUCGCCCAACCCGCCCUCCCGGGACGCCAGGCGGGCCAUCGCCCGCCCUUCCCGGGACCGCCAGCGGGGCCGUCGCCCGUCCGGUGGGACGCCUGGGCGCCGUCGCCCGCCGUCCCGGACGCCUAGGCGGGCCCGUCGCUCCGCCCGUCCCGGGGACGGCCUGGCGGGCCGUCGGCCCGCCCGUCCCGGGACGCCAGGCGGGCCGUCGCCCGCCCGUCCGGGACGCCCUGGCGGGCCGUCGCCCGUCCCGGGAACGCCAGGAAGGCCGGGUCGCCCGCCCGUCCCGACCCGCCCUGCGGCCGUCCCCCGCCCGGUCCCGGGACGAGGGGGCCGUCGCCCGCCCGUCCCGGGACGCCUGGCGGGCCGUCCCCCGCCGUCCCGGGACGCCAGGCGCCAGUCGCCCGCCCGUUCCGGACGCCUGGGCGGUCGCCCGCCCGGCCCGUCCCGGGACGCCAGGCCGGGCCGUCACCCGGCCCGUUCCCGGGACGCCUGGCGGGCGUCGCCCGCCCGCCCCGGGACGCCAGGGGGCCGGGUCCCGCCCCCCGUCCCGGGACGCCAGGCGGGCCGUCGCCCGCCCUACCCCGGACGCCAGGGCGGGGCCGUCGCCCGCGUCCCGGGACGCCUGGCGGGCCGUCGCCCGCCCGUCCCGACGCCAGGAGGCCGUCGCCCGCCCGUCCCGGGACGCUGGCGGGGGCCGGCCCCCGCCCGUCCCGGGACGCCAGGCGGGCCCGUCGCGCCCGUCCCGGGACCGCCUGGCGGGCCUCCCCCGCCCGCCCCGGGACGGCCAGGGGCCGUCGCCGCCCGUCCCGGGACGCCUGGCGGGCGUCGCCCGCCCGUCCCGGGACGCCAGGCGGGCCCGUCGCCCGCCCCGUCCCGGGACGCCUGGCCGGGCGGUCGCCCGCCCCGUCCCCGGGACGCCAGGCGGGCCGUCGGCGCCCGUGGGACGCCAGGCGGGCCGUCGCCCGCCCGUCCCGGGACGCCAGGCGGGCCGGUCCGCGCGCCGUCCCGACGCCUGGCGCCCGUCCGCCCGCCCGUCCCGGACGCCUUGUGGGCCGCGCCCGCCCGCCCUCCCGGGACGCCUGGCGGGCCGUCUCCCGCCCGUCCCGGACGCCUGGCGGGCCCGUUGCCCCAGCCCCGUCCCGGGAGCCUGCGGGCCGUCGCCCGCCCUUCCUGGGACGCCUGGCGGGCGUCGCCCCAGCCCGUCCCGGGACGCCGGCGGGCCCCGUCGCCCGCCCGGUCCGACCCUGCGCCGUCGCCGCCCGUCCCGGGGAACCCAGGCUCCGUUCGCCCGCCCGUCGACCCGCCCGUCCCGGGACGGCCAGGCGGGCCCCUCACCCACCUGUUCCCGGGACGCCAGGCGGGCCUCGCCCGCCCGUUCCCGGGACCCCGCGGCGAGCUUUGCCCAGCCCUCCCUAUAG